AUGGCGAAGAUCCAGGCGCACAGCACGGGGAAACAAAUCAACCAAAUUCAAGACAAGCCCUUCGUUAUAACACAAAAGCAAGUGCAGCAGCAGCACUUCCAGAAGCUGAAGGUUGAAGAUGCCUUGUCGUAUCUGGACCAGGUUAAAAUACGUUUUGCAAACGAUCCUGGAAUAUACAACAAGUUUCUGGACAUCAUGAAAGAGUUCAAAUCUCAAAGCAUUGACACUCCAGGGGUAAUAAACAGAGUGUCACAACUUUUCCAUGGCCACCCCGACUUAGUAUUGGGCUUCAAUGCCUUCCUCCCGCCUGGGUAUCGGAUAGAAGUCCCAAAGAAUGGAAUUGCCUUCCUUCAGUCACCGUUCUCCGCACAGGUGUCACCCGGUCAACAGGGGAAGAUUGUCACCGCCUCGCCCGUGACAUCGACUUCUGGUGCCGCAUCCGCCGCCACCUCUGAAGCUGGACCUGGCCACGCUGUUGAUGUAAAGCCAGCCUCAGCAGAGUCCCUAUCUUCCUCAACCUCUUCAGCCGGGCCCCUAGAAAAUCCCAGCCGACUGUCCCUUCCUUUGGCAAGUAGAGAGAGUCAGAAUCAGGCUGCAACCUCGUCAGUGUCCCCACCCGCCUCAGAGACUAGCCCGGUCGAGUUUGACAGUGCCAUUAGCUACGUGAACAAGAUCAAAAACCGUUUUCUGGACCACCCAGAGAUCUACAGAGCCUUCCUAGAGAUUCUUCACACAUAUCAGAAGGAGCAGCUGGAGGUGAAGGAGAGCCGGGGCAGUCGAGGUACCAGCGGGAUGACUGAAGAUGAGGUGUUUUCUAAAGUUGCCAGUCUUUUCAAAGGACAAGAGGACCUGCUGGCCGAGUUUGGCCAAUUCUUGCCUGACGCCAAGAGAUCACUGUUCACCGGAAACUCGUUGACGGGAACGAAAGAGCAGCUGAAGAGACCAGAUGAUGAUGACCUGAUAACCAAACAGAAUAAAAAGAGGCCCAGACCCAUACUCCUGCCCCACAUGUCUCCUCUACUUAAGAAAAAAAUGAAGUAUUCCUGUACCAAAGACCAGUCCAUUGCUUCAGUCGGCAAACAUGGAGUUUUGCGAGAAUUUUCCUUCUUUGAUAAGGUUCGCCGCUUGUUUAAAAGCCAGGAAGUGUAUGAGAACUUCCUGCGCUGCAUUGCCUUGUUCAACCAGGAGGUGGUAUCAGGAGCUGAGCUGCUCCAGUUAGUCACUCCUUUCCUGGGGAAGUUUCCUGAAGUGUACACACAGUUCAAGUCCUUUCUGGGAGACAAAGAGCUCUCUCAUGCCAUGUCGGGGCUGUCGGAUCGCUAUAUGGAGGGAGGAGGAGGCAGGGAGGUGGAUUAUGCCUCUUGCAAGCGCCUGGGUUCCAGCUACAGAGCGCUGCCCAAGACCUACCAGCAGCCUAAAUGCAGUGGGCGGACCGCCUUAUGCAAAGAGGUGUUAAAUGACACCUGGGUGUCAUUCCCCUCCUGGUCGGAGGAUUCCACAUUUGUCAGCUCUAAAAAGACUCCAUAUGAGGAGCAACUUCACCGCUGUGAGGAUGAAAGAUUUGAGUUGGAUGUGGUUCUAGAGACAAACCUGGCCACCAUCCGAGUGCUUGAAAGCGUCCAGAAGAAGCUGUCACGUCUCUCACCCGAAGACCAGGAUCGUUUCCGACUAGACGACUGCCUGGGUGGCACCUCAGAGGUCAUCCAGCGCCGCGCCGUGUAUCGUAUCUAUGGUGACAAAGCGCCCGAGAUCAUCGAGGGACUGAAGAGGAGUCCGGCCACGGCGGUGCCUGUGGUGCUAAAGAGGUUAAAAGCCAAGGAAGAGGAAUGGAGAGAGGCCCAGCAGGGGUUCAACAAGAUCUGGAGGGAGCAGUAUGAGAAGGCCUACCUCAAGUCCUUGGACCACCAAGGAGUCAACUUCAAACAGAACGACAUGAAGGCGCUACGCUCAAAGAGUCUCCUAAAUGAGAUAGAAAGUGUCUACGAUGAGCGACAGGAGCAGAGUACAGAGGAGGGAGGCGUUGGCCAGCAGGCUCGCAAUGGCUCCAGCUCGGCGUCGGCCAGCGAGCCUCACAUGGUGUUUACGUACGAGGACAAACAGGUCCUGGAGGACGCUGCCGCGCUCAUCAUUUACCACGUCAAACGCCAGCCCACCAUCCACAAAGACGACAAGGACCACAUCAAGCGCAUCAUCCAACACUUUGUCCCCGACCUCUUCUUCUCACGCCGUGGUGAGCUCAGCGACACUGAGGACUGGACUGAUGAGGAAGCAGAGACUGAGGAGGGAGGAGCGAGCGGCGCAGCGGCAGCAACGACCGCAUCAACGACGUCGUCGUCUUCGACGACAACUAACUCUUCUGAUGCGGCAGGAGCUGCAGCAACCAGUAGUCAGUCUCAAACUCAACAAGCUCAAGCCCCGGCUCAAAGCCAGCAGCAAUUAAACAAUGAAUCCAGGCGGAGGCGCUGCAGCCCGUCUCAACCACCAGACACAGAGGCCUCCGGAACUACUGGCAGUACCAUCCAAACUGCGGCUACGACCGCUUCCGUUCCUGGAUCCGCACCUAUGGAGGCCAGUUCAGCCGCACCUGCUGAAAAGGUUGACCUGCGUGACCCCGAAGCCGAGCACCAGAAGGAGAUGGACGACGUCUACAACCUGUUUUACGUCAACAACAACUGGUACUUCUUCCUGCGGCUACACCAGACUCUGUGCUCGCGCUUGCUGAGAGUAUACCGGCAGGCGGAGCGGCAACUGCUGGAACACCGUGCUGAGCAGAGCAGAGAGCGAUUGCUUGUGGCCGAAGGGAGGAGAGAAAAGGCAUGCGACCUUGCCAUGGAGCUGCGCCUCAAACAGCCAAGUGAGGUGGAAUUAGAAGAGUACUACCCAGCUUUCUUGGACAUGGUGCGCAGUCUGCUGGAUGGCAACCUUGAUUCCACUCAGUACGAGGACACAUUACGGGAGAUGUUCACCAUUCACGCUUAUAUUGGAUUCACCAUCGACAAGGUCAUCCAUAACAUCAUCCGGCAGCUCCAGCACCUUGUGAGCGACGAGGUGUGUCUGCAGGUGGUUGAUCUCUAUCUGGCUGAGAGGAAGAGAGGGGCCGCUGGGGGGAACUUAUCGUCUCAGUGCGUGCGAUCAGCCUGGGAGACAAGCUACCAGUGGAAAGCUGAGCGAGCCAUGGCUGAAGAGAAUUGUUUCAAGGUGAUGUUUAUUCAAAACAAGGGUCAUGUGACAAUGACAAUUGAGCUGCAGGACACUGAAGAGGCCCAGGCCGAUGACCCCUUGGAUGUUCAGUGCUUGUCCAGUUACAUGGAGCAAUUUGUUGGAACAGAGUCCAGUUUGUGCUCACAAGCAGAUGGCUACUUUUUCAAACCAGUGUUUCUUCCACGGAACCUGCGCCGUUUUCGGCGCUGGCAGGUGCGUCAGGUAGAGGCGAUGCGUUGCAGGCGAGAGUGGCAUCGGCAACUAGGCGUGGAGAAUGCCGGCAGCCUGGACUGUCGCUUCAAGCUCAACACUCACAAGAUGGUGUUUGUCAUGAACUCUGAAGACUACAUGUACCGCAGAGGAGCGCUGGUUAAGGCCAGGAAGUCUCAGCACCGAGUGGCGGCGAGCCAGCACGAGCGCUUGGCCAAGUGGCACCGGGGCUGGCGGGCAGAGCACGUGACGGCCUCGGCCGAGCGCAUAGUGCACAAGUGGCUGAUGGGAGAGGACGAGGAGGACAUGAUCCCCUGCAAGACCACCUGCCUGUCUACAGAGCUCAAGGGGCAGGCGGUCAACAGAUACCGGGUCCAUUACAGCGGUAGCAAAGCCCCCGCCUCGCCUUAA